AUGCCCGUGAAGGGUUUUUGGGCCUUGGUUAUUCUGCUUUGCUGCGAGGCAGCUGGUGACUGCAACGGCUCUUGGGGAGCCUGCCUGGCAUCGGCGCGGCCGGAGGCAACGCACGCGAGCGAGGUUUCAGCUCAGGGCUUGGCUAAGUGGGCUGCUGUCGCUUUCGACGACCAGCAUUACAAAGGCCAGGCGCAGACUACAGCUACACCACAGCCGGAGCACUCUGGUGAGUGCGACUGCACACCGGGCCGCUGCAACAAUGGCAGCUGCUCAGGGAAAUGGAUGGUGGUGCUACGAGUGCAAGAAGCAAGUUCGUCAGAGAGCGAACUUUUGCCAGACGUGUGGGGCGAGCUGGCAAGCUCAAAACAGAAGCCCCCAAAGGGCAACGGCAAGGGCAAGGGCAAGCCGCAGGACGGCACGGAGACGGCCCCCAAGGUCAAGCCAGGGGUGCCGGAUAUGGAACAGCUGCCCAAGCCGCCGACGAGGACUCCCAUUGCUGGACCUUCAGCUCCUUCGGCACCCAGUGGAAAGGGUGCGAACAAUCCGGAGAAGGCUGCCUUGGACAAGCUGAUGGCAACCUUGAAGGCCAACGAAGCAGAGCUGACACAGCCGCUCCGCGACCUCUUGGAGCAACAUCAACAGGAGGCCACGAAAGACGAUGCACGUGCUAUGCAUCGAGUUGUGGCCAGUCAGGCGAAUGCGAAAAAGGUGUCCCAGACGCUGCAGGACCAAGUGGCAGAGCACGGGGCGAUGCUACAGGACUUUGCGGCCAAGGAGGAGCAAUGGGAAGGAGCGCUUACAGACGCGACGACCGCUCUGGCCAAGAUGACUCGCGAGCCGACCACAGAGAUCAGCUCCGAGGAGGACAUGAUGGACUCGGAGGAGAGGGUGGAUGCCGCACUCCAAGCCGAGCAGCGGCAGCAGGCGCUGGAAGCGCGGUCACAGCAGCAGGGGGCGCAGCUGCUGGAGGCCUUGGCGCAAGUGCAGCAGGCCGCCAACGAGGAGGUCCAGAGAGAGGAGAACCGAGAGCGUACGCCAAGGCGCUCUCGCAACACCACCGACACCUCCGCCAAGGACGCCAAAGAUGCCAAGGACGCCAAGCACGUCGCCGAGUCUUCGGAAUGGGAUUUUAUGCCGCCUUUUGAAGCACGGUGGAGCGCGAUUCAGCUCGAAGCGGAACUGGAUUUCGACGGCAUCGAUUGCCAGUUCACCCCCGGCACUCCUGACCGACUGAUAGAAUCUGCCCGUCAGGCUGAUGUACUGGGUUGUCAAUGGCAUGGAGAGGCGGGACCUUUGCAGCAGGUGUGCUCUGGAUCUCAGGGUCUUGAGCACACUGGACUCGGGGACCAUGCUUUCCAUGCGACAGCUGACUGUAUUCCUUCGACGACAGUGUUGGCGUAUGAGGUGUACAGUGAGGCUGUUCGUGGCCUGAUUUUCCGUGACAUAACAGGGGGCGAUCGUUGUACAGGUCCAGGCUCCGGGGAGCUAAGAUCCGCGUUCCAGCAACGACCGCAUUCUGUACCUCUUUCGGUUGUGUUCUCUAAAGGGGCGAAUGCUUGGGGCAAUGCGCUCGCCAGGGCGUUCAAUCGAAUUGCAGGGCUGGCCGGUGAGUGCUUUAAGUGGUCGGCCGCCGUUGGAUACCGUUGCAAGGCCGGUUCCAUGUCGAACCUUGGCGGUGAUCCAUCUGUUUGUCUUCCUGCACUCCCUUGCACCGUUCGGGGCGGUUCCCUGUCGAUCCCCGGCGGUGGCCUACACGACUUCGAUUUCCCGUGUACCGAGCGGCGGCCACCAUCCGCCACUCUGCUUCCAGCCUCAUCGCGCGUGCCGUCUGUUGCGAGCACCGUGUGCGCCUCCCAUUUUGCCAUUCCAUGCACCGUUUGGGGCGGUUCCAUGUCGAUCCCCAACGGUCGAGAUCUGGCCAUUCCUUGCCCUUCUGGGGACCUUGCGGCGCCUGGCCGACCACACUUUCUGCAGUGUGUGCCGUCGUGGACGUGCACCGCAGGUCAGCCUGGCCAGCUCUCUCUGCAGCCUGUGCAGCCUGCUGCUCACACUGCACCUGGCCCCAGCCACCACCGUUGGCCCAACUCCGGUCAUGGGUACACCACCAAGCGUUGCAAGGACGGUUCCAUGUCGAACCUUGGCGCUUCUCUCUGUCCCAGGCAGGUUCCUACAACGCCUCCUGCUGGGCCAACCACAAUGUGCGCCACUCCUGGGCAGCCUAGUGUCACAGACCUGCACAUGAUCUUGGCCUCUCAUGUCAAUGUUGGCCCUGACUGGUUGGGUGGCCCCUUUUUGCACUCCCGGGCCUACGACCUAACCCGCCUUGGCAUAGGAUCGAGUGCGCACGAUCCGGAUUCCAGGUAUACGAUCCUGGAGUUUCGCAUGGACACCCUAGUGCGGCGCUCCUUGCCUGAGUGGACUCCUAUGGAAUACGUCGCGCACGCGAUCAGGCAAGUGCCCUACCGCGUGCAUUCGGCUUUCUUCCUUGAGGUCCCCCUCCCGGGAUACCCGUGCCCGCAGAUUCUGCUCACGCCUGUGGGUCUACCCGUGGGACACCGUACUGUUCCCAUAGAUCUUCGGGAUGUGCAAGGCAUGCUACAUGUUGUAAAGGCUGUCAGAGGCAAUGAUGUGUCAGCCAUCUGGCCCUCUCUGCAUGAAAAAGGGGUCAAGGAUGCUCACAGAGCUGAAGAAGCCACUCGCUCUGGCAGCCUACUCUUUCUCGACCAAUCGGGUCAAGAGCAGCAGCAAAUCAACUCUCUGCCUGACUUGCAAUGGUUCGAAGCUCGUCCAGCUGACCAUGCUGCAGAGCCCUUUGUUGUUGAGUAUGUAGGCGGGGGUCCCUUGGCUCUUCGGGUUCCUAGACCGCUUCCUGCUUUCGAGCCGCCUCGUGGCUCCACGGCUGCCGACAUUGAGGCCAUGAGGGCCGCAGAAUGUGGCUGCGUUGCAGCUUCCUCGACCACCACCACCACCCUCAUGCAAGUUGGUGGCCUAGGCCCUACACCUGACCCGAUAGAUGUGCCACCGGCAGCAGUAUUCCCAGAAGCAGAGCCGCCGUCACUACUGAUCCGCCAUGUAGGGGCAGAGGCUAAGCCUUCCAGGCCAAGUCCCUACGAUGAUGCACCACAGGUAGUCCCAGGCUUCCUAGAGACAGAUAGGUUCCAGCAAGCCAACGUGGAUGCCUACUCAUGGGGCACAGACGGAGGACCCAGGCAAUCCUUCACCAUCUUUGAUGUUGUGCGUCAUGUCACCACGGCCCCAAGGCCGCGAGAAGGCACGCUAGCUGAGAUCAUUCGAUCUGCAGUGAUCUCAGCUCCUUUCCAGGUUGGUGCGGUACAAGUACUCAUGCAUGGCCUGCGCAACCUGCCACAGCCGCAGCUGGUUCUUUACCAACGCCAUCUUCCCAUUGGCCAUGUGCCCAUUCCGUGGGACCUUCGUCCUGUAGGUGGCGAGAUCCUCACGGUCAACCACAAGCCACAGGAGUCGAGGUUCGAUGCUAUAGCCAGGUUGCGUGCAGUGAUGACUGAUGUGGAGGGACGCAGAGCGUGCGACCCCCUGGAAGCAGGGCAUUUCACGGCUCUGGAUGCCACAGGCAUUAUCGGGGACGCGAUCCCUCUUGUAUUGACUGAAGUGCAGCAUUUUGUGGUCGAGCCAACAUUUACCGGCUUCGCUGUUCCUGCUUUGGUUGACCCAUGGGGGACUCAUCCAGCUCCCUUUUUCUGGCCGGUUGAUGGGCCCUCUUCGACUUCCUCCACUACGUCCACCACCUCCACGGGCCCCAACCCGGAGGUUGACUCCUUCAGAUUCACAAUGCUGUACGGCCCACACACGCACAGUGCCAUUGUCCAAACCCCAUGUCUUCAAGCAGAUGCGAUCCUUGAAAGACUGAUUCGAGAAGUGCUGGCCCAAGGUUACCCAUAUCACGGGCCCUUUUUCUUGAUGAUGGCAGCGGGGCAGCCAGCCCUCGGGGACAAUCAGCAAGAGGUCAUUUUCCUCCUGUGCAACUCUGUGCAUGACCGCACGGCCGCUGUCGUGGUGGACGAAAGGCCAGGCGGUCACCCUUUGUGCUCGCACCAUGUCGCCCCGCAGACAAUGUGUGAUCGCCUGAUCACAGGUGCAGCUGCACAGCGUGGGGUUUCGGUUGUGGUCAAUGGAGCACCGGCCCGAUUAGCCCCGAAGUGGGCUAUGCAGGGCGACUACAUCCAAUUUGAUGAAGGUCGUGGGCCGCCGCCUUUCACCCCCACGAGCUGGCACAGCGAGGCUGCGUCGGCGAGCCCAGGGUACCUUCCACCCAGCUGA